AUGGAGGAAAAGAGCAUCGAUUCCUCCAUCUGGAGACGCCUGCGGAGAGGACGCAAACCUCCCAUCCCAGAGACUCGACAGCCAAAUCCAGAACAUGGCGCCGGCUUCUUCAGUCUGCUUACGUUCUCGUGGAUGUCUCCCAUCAUAGCGACCGGGUAUCGCCGCUCUCUUGAAGUGAACGAUAUCUGGCUUGUCCAUCCGGACCGUCGUGCACAGGAGAUGGCAGCAAGACUCCAGGCCAGCUUCCACGCCUACCACGGAAAAGGAGCCUCGCGGCCUCUGGCAAGAGCCAUCUUCCAAACUUUUAAAAAGGACAUCAUUGUCGGCGCUCUCGCGUCGUUUGUCUCCAGCAUGCUCCAGGUGCUUAUCCCCUUUGUGGUUCGGUUUGUCGUUGCCUACGCCGUGGAGGUUUACGACGCCCGGUUGUCGGACACAGACACCCCCAGACCAGCUAUCGGCAGGGGAAUCGGUCUCGUCGUGGGUAUCGCCAUCAUGCAAGUGUUCGCCAGUAUGGGGUAUAAUCAUUUCUUCUACCGCGGGAUGCUCGUCGGGGGUCAGAUCCGCGCGUCCUUGAUUGCCAUGAUCUUCAACAAGGCCAUGACGAUCUCAGGGCGAGCAAGGGCGGGAGAAACCACUGAAGAGACAAAAGAUACAGACAAAGGAACAACUACAGCCUGGGGCAACGGCCGCAUCAUCAAUCUGAUGUCCGUCGACACCUCGCGCAUCGACACUGCCGCAGGUUGGUUCCAUAUGAUCUGGUCAGCACCCCUGGGGCUGAUCGUUACCAUCAUCCUGCUGUUGAUCAAUCUGUCUUAUCCAGCCCUGGUUGGACUGGCUCUCUUCUUCAGCGCAGUCCCAGUCAUGGUGUUCAUUGUGCGCAACAUCCUCCGGCGGCGUGCGAAGAUCAACGCCCAGACUGACGAGCGCACAACCCUCACGCAGGAGGUGCUCCAGGCCAUUCGCUUCCUCAAAUAUUACGCCUGGGAAGGUGACUUCCUGGCCCGGCUGGCGGCAGUGCGUCGGAAGGAGGUGCGCGGCAUCCGGUUCCUGCUAGGGCACAGAAACAUCGCAAUCGCCAUGGGCAGCGCCGUCCCUGUGUUUGCGUCGAUGCUGACUUUCAUCACCUCCACGCUGACGAACCAUGCCCUCGCGCCCGCGACGACCUUCUCUUCCCUCGCUCUCUUCAACCAGCUGCGGAUUCCCCUCAUCAUGUUUCCGAUGGUUAUCGGGCUCGUCGCGGACGCAACCAAGUCUCUGAAACGACUGGAAGAGUUCUUUAUGGCAGAAGACGCGAUGGAUGUCGCUGAUGAAUGCAAAGAUGGCCUUGUUAUCAAUCUGCAAGAUGCCUCGUUUACAUGGGAGCGAGCGGCGUCAUCAGAGGAGAGAAAGCAGGACCAGCAACCGUUCACGCUCGACAACAUCACCCUCCAACUAUCUCCAUCCGAGCUGAUCGCCGUCGUGGGCAGCGUCGGCUCUGGCAAGUCGUCUCUCCUCUCCGCUAUGUCAGGCGAAAUGCGCCGCACAUCCGGUCAGCUACAGACUCGCGGCCGGCGUGCCAUGAGUGCCCAGGUGGCCUGGAUCCAGAACGCCACUGUGCGGGAUAAUAUCACUUUCGGCAGGGAGUUCGUUCAGGAGGAAUACGACCGCGUGGUGGACGCGUGCGCCCUGAGCCACGAUCUCCAGAUCCUGACGCAUGGCAGCGACACCGAGAUCGGCGAGCGCGGCAUCAACCUGUCUGGAGGCCAGAAACAACGCGUCAGUCUCGCGCGGGCAGUCUAUUCCGAUGCUGAUAUCGUUCUUCUCGACGACCCCCUGGGGGCAGUCGAUCCCCAUGUCGGCGCGCAUAUCAUGGACCACGCCAUCUGCGGUCUGAUGAAGGAUAAAUGUCGGAUCCUGGUCACACAUCAGCUGCAUGUUCUCCCUCGCUGUGACAGAAUUGUCGUCAUGGACCGGGGGAGGAUCGUCGCGUGCGACACCUUUGAAAAUCUGAUGGCCAGCAAUAAGAUAAUGCAGACGUUUGUGACGGAGCAGGCGCAGGAGCUGAAUUCCGAAGCUCUUACACACCCUCAAGCCAAGGGAAAGGAACAGGAGGUGGUCAAAGACAAGCAGCAACAGAUGCAACAGGAAGGCCAGGAGAGAAAAGGCAUCUCCAGCGCAGUGUAUAUCGACUAUUUCAAGUCCACCGGUUCCCUCUUGCUACCGCCGCUGGUCCUUCUGGUCCUCUGCACCGCCCAGGCUUGCAAUAUCAUGACAAACCUGUGGCUAGCCUGGUGGUCUGAGAAUCAUUACGGGUUUCCACUGGGAGUUAACAUCGGAGUAUACGCCGUCCUGGGUAUAUCGCAAGGAAUCCUCCUCCUUCUCGCCGGGCUGGGGUUCACAAUCUUCGGAACAGAAGCAAGCAAGCGGAUGAUGCAUCGCGCAAUGCAAUCCAUCCUGUGUGCGCCCAUGUCCUUCUUCGACACGACGCCCCUAGGGCGAAUCAUGAACCGGCUAUCCAAGGACAUCGACGUGAUGGACAACAAUCUGACCGAGUCGUUGCGCGCAGCGUGCACGACGGUGUCGAUGUUGAUCUCAAUCAUUAUCCUGACGAUAGCAUAUUACUAUUACUUUGCCGUCGCGCUGGUGCCGCUGUGCGUCUUCUAUCUCGUCUGUGCGGCAUACUACCGCUCCUCGGCGCUGGCGAUCAAGCGCCACGAAGCCGUGUUCCGCAGCAAUGUCUUUGCCAAGUUCAACGAGGCUGUCCUGGGGACGACCACGAUCCGCGCGUACGGUAUGCAGGCCAGAUUCUCGGGCACCCUCACCGAUGCAAUCGAUACAAUGGACUCGGCGUAUUAUCUCACGUUUGGUAACCAGCGCUGGCUGGGCGUUCGGAUCGACGGCAUCGGCGUUGUCUUCUUAAUUGUCACCGGCAUGCUUGUCGUGACUGACCGGUUCACCGUUUCGCCCAGUAUCAGCGGGUUAGUUCUUUCGUAUCUGGUCUCUGUCACUCAGGCGUUGCUGCUCGCUGUGAGACAGGUUGCCGAUGCACAGAACAACAUGAAUGCCGUUGAACGUGUGCAUGAAUAUACCGGUCUUACAGGGGAGGGAUCGGACAAGGGGAAGGGCGGCAACCUGCCCGGAAGCUGGCCGGUUCAAGGUCAGAUCAGCUUCAACAACGUGCAAAUGCGGUACAGAGAUGGUCUUCCCCUCGUUUUGGACGGGCUGGACCUCCAGAUUCAUGCGGGAGAGAGACUGGGUAUCGUCGGACGCACGGGAGCAGGUAAGUCGAGCAUCAUGGUGGCUCUGUUCCGACUCGUCGAGCUGGCCGGGGGAUCCGUGUGUAUCGACGACGUGGACAUCAGUACGAUCUCACUGAAAGAUCUCCGAUCUCGAUUGGCGAUCAUCCCGCAGGAUCCAACCUUGUUCCGUGGCACGGUGAGGAGCAACCUCGACCCAUUCGGCCAGCACAGCGAUGGCGACCUCUGGUAUGCCCUCCGGCAGGCAAAUCUAGUAGAUGAAGACGAACACAAAGAUGGCCGCGUGACACUCGACACCGUCGUUGAAAGCGAGGGAACAAACUUUUCCCUCGGCCAGAGGCAGUUGAUGGGCCUGGCACGAGCGUUGGUGCGCGACUCGAGAAUCAUCGUGUGCGAUGAAGCGACAAGCUCCAUCGAUCUGGAGAGCGAUAGUAAGGUCCAGCAAACCAUGGCGGACGCGUUCCGAGAUCGGACAGUCUUGGUCAUUGCGCAUCGCCUGCGAACGAUCAUCAACUACGACCGUGUCGUGGUGAUUGAGGACGGCGGGGUUCUUGAGAUUGGAAAGCCGCUGGAAUUAUAUGAUCGAGGUGGAAAGUUCAGGGCCAUGUGCGAUAGGAGCGCCAUCACCAGGGAGGACUUCGAGACAAUAGGGCCGAGUGGUCGCGAUAGAUCAUCUGGAUGA